CCGAAUCUGGGCCGUCCACGUGUCUUCCUCCCUCUAUUCCCGUCUUUCUAGUUGUAGACUAGUGGUAGUACAACGAGAGAGAGAACCCCCCAAAUUUAGUGGUCAUCUUCUUCUUCUUCCGCCCUCUCACCUUUUCAAUCCAAUCUAACAACCAACGAAACGAAGGAGUCUUUCUCUAGCUCUAGGGUUAGGGUUUGCGGUCGGAACGGAAGUUAGUCGAAUCGGCGCAAAUCGAUCCGAUCCGAUCCGCCGUCGAUUCGACCACUCCGCCCUCCUUCCUUCCUUCCGACGCAGACGCAAUCCAUAAUACUACUACUCUAGAUCGGAUCCCCUCCUCUCCCUCCCUCCCUCCCUGCAUACGAACAACAAGAGACUACUCCAUUACUAUAUUAGAUUGAUUGAUUAGGGGAGGGGAUUGCUGAUUAAUUUCAUCUCUCUAACCCUAGCAGCAGAUCCCUCUCUCCCCUAGCAACUAGCAAGCAGAGAGAAGCAGCCGCCUCCAUGGAUCCUAAUCAGAUGAUGGGCCGAAGCUUCCCCAUGUGGGCCGCCGCCGACGACCCUUCCGCCCAGCCACCGCCGUUCCUCCCUCCGCCCAACCGCGGCUGGAAGCGUAAGAACCCUAGCACCGCCGCCGGUGGCUACCAGCCCCCCGCCCUCGGCGACCUCCAGGUGCAGAACCGCGCCAAGGCUCGCCGCUGGUUCAAGAACCAAAGCGGAGGCGGAGGCGGAGGCGGUGGGCCCCGCAAGCACUUCUUCCCCCGGCCCAAGGCCGCCGCCCCACGCAACACCACCUCCUUCAUCAUCCGUGCCAAGCGCGCCGGUGGCAUCGCCUCCCUCGUCUCCCCCUCCCCUGUUACCCCCGCCGUUCUCCCCACCCCACGCCUCUCCCCCUCCCGCGAGGGCCUCUCCGACAUGGCUCAGGCGCAGUGGGGCGUCGAUGGCUAUGGCUCCAUGAAGGGCCUCAUCCGCCUCCGCACCUCCCCUCACCCCGCCAACCCCUCCGAUGACGACGAUGAUGCCAACUCCAGCGGCAGUGACGUCGAGGAGCAUGUCGAGGUGGAGCGCCGCCUCGACCACGAUCUCAGCAGGUUUGAGAUGGUCUACCCUGCCAGGGGUGACGGUGUCUUCUUCGAGGAGGAGGAUGACUAUGAGUAUGACCAGGAAGCCCAUGUGGCUCGCCUCGAGGAGGAGAACCUCACCUUGAAGGAGAGGCUCUUUUUGAUGGAGCAGGAGCUUGGCGACAUGAGGCGCCGCCUGGAGGCACUCGAGUCGCGUUUUGCAGGGACUGAUGGUAUGCCUAUUGAGAAUUCAGAUGCAGUUGCAGUUGACCAUGACAAGGAGAUGGCUCAUCCCAUACUUGUUCAGAGGGAUGAUCUUAGGACUGAGAUUGCUGCUGAUGCAGCAGGGUCAGACAAGGCUAGUGCACAAGACAAUGCAGAGGAGGUUGCUGAUGCAGCAGUGUCAGAGAAGAUCGUGCAAGACAAUGCAGAUGUUGUAGUUGCAGGGUCAGAGAGGACUGGCGAAGAGAUCGGGGUUGAUGCUUCGGAGAUGGAUUGAUGGGAGAUGGACACUGGAAUGCAAUAGCGGUUAUCAGUACUGUACAUACAUAAUUGUCGAUGACAGAUUGAGGCCGCGUGAUGUGGACUUGUUUUGGGAGGCUUACAAUUGUAUGUUGUCGCAUAACAAGUGGAUCAUCGUAUUUACAAUGUAAUAUGUUUCUACCAUUCUGUGCUAUCUUUGGUGUUUCUUUGCGUAUUUGUUAUGAUGAUACCACACAGCACAACUUGUAGUAGUUCUUACCUUCUGCUGCUGCUGCUGAAAGAGGUAGAAGCGACUAGAUGAAUUUGUUACUACAUCAACUAUUAAUGUCAUUAUAAUGGUAUCAGAUGGUGUCAUGAACCUGUUACUUAA